AUGUCCGUGCAGGCUAUUGUUUGCGACAGGCUGUAUUCGUUUACAUUGUUUGUUAGCGCCACGCUGAUCAUCAUCGCCACGCUCGCCUUCGACUGCCGCGUGUCGAGCCGGUUCUGGAAGUUGCGGUAUUUGAAGUGGGAGCACGUCCUCUUCCGCACGCUCGAGUUGUAUGCGAAAUGCCUGGUUUGCCAUGGUUUCUUUUGGAUGGGCCGCAGGCACCCGUUGAUCGUGUGGCCUUUCCUAGUCUCCGAGUGGAUCCUCUGCAGCGCAGCGAUCUGCCGGGUGUCGGGAGCGGCAUCGUGGCGCGAGGCGGUGAUGGGAUACGCCUUUGUCGGACCCAAUCUUGCUCUCUUCGUGGACAAUCCAAGGUUUGCCAAGAGCGCCAGCCUUCUCACCCGUUACCACGACGAGAUACGGGUGUUGGAGGUAUUCGUGUUCUGUUGCUGGCUUACGAUCAGCUGGUCGCUGGACCCCGAGAGGAGGUCCAAUCUCACGCCCAAUGGUUUUUAUCCUAUCCCAGAAUUCUUUCGACCGUCCACCUACGUAGCCUUCUGGGUCGGCGUGUUCCUGAUCGCGCAGGCUGGUUGCAUCUUGCUUCGCUGUCGCUUGCUAUCGGGCACUCCCUCUUCGCAGGUCAAAGGUAGCCAGGACAGGACGCCUUCGCCACAAAACUCUUCGCCGAAUUUGACGGCUCCCUCCCCGAUCAUGGGCAAGCCUGCCGAUUUCGAUUUCCAGCGUUGGGAGAGCACUGGGCUUGGUGCCUACCUGUUCACGAAGGGGGUCGGGGACCAGUUCGAGUCCCUUUUGGAGAUCAUCUGCGAGAGCUCCGAGGACAGGCUGAAACUGUCCAGGCUGAGAAUUGUCCGGCAGCUGGGCGAGGGCGGUUUCGGGCGCGUGUUCGAAGUGCAGGAUUGCCGACACCGCCGCGGCGCCAGCCAACGCAGCGGUGUUUAUGCGUUGAAGUUGCAGCGAAAGAGCGCCGCCGCCAGCGUCGCCGUGCGAGAGGCGGAGAUGAUCCAUGAGUUAGACCACAUGUACAUCGUUGGAUUGGUCCGCGUCUUCCAUACCAACGCCUUCUACUGUAUCCUGAUGGAGCUGUGCGAGAUGGACCUCAACAGCCGCAUCCUGGCCAGUGUGGACGGCAUGGGCAUCGCCGCCGGGUUGCCCACCACGCAGGUGAAGCACUAUUCCGCGUGCAUCGCCCUUGCCCUAGAGCACCUCCACCACAGGGACUUUGUGUUUCGCGACCUGAAGCCAGAGAACGUGCUGACCACGGCGGCAGAGAACUGCUGCGACGGGCACAGCAGGAGCCACGCCAAGCUGGCGGACUUCGGGCUGGCCAGGUCCCUCGACCCCCGCCACCUGGCUCUCUCCCGCAAGGAAUUCUUCAGCAUGUGGUCGGGCACCCACGCCUUCAUGCCCGACGACGACUACCCCGAGGGCCUCCAAGCGAGCGACCCCAGGAUCCGCUCGGCCCUGUUCACCCGCGACUGGUACGCCUUCGGAUGCUGCCUGGUGCUCAUGCUGCUCGGCGAGCGCGCGGCGCGCACCGUGAGCCACGGUACGCGCCACGUGCUGCUCCCGCUGGCCCCGGAGACGGCGCGCGCCCAGCUGCCAGAGCGUGCCGGCGCCUGCGACGCCGACGCGCACGAGCUGGUGCUCGGGCUCGUCGCCGAGGCGGGCCAGCGCGCGGGAGAGGCCGCCGUGCGCGCAUGCCCGUUCCUGACUCAGGCGCUGGCCGAGGCGGAGGAGAGUUAG